GCCAACAAAGGACAUUUUGUUUUCAAGAAUCCUUAAUAUUAUAGAAAGAGAUAUAGAGAACUCUUAAAAUUAUAAUGUUAGAAAACAUUGAUAAGUCGUCGAUGAAUUUGAAGUGGGCAGUGUGCUUUAGCGUUUCAAUAAUUGUCAAUCUCAUAUGUCUUGUGUUAAUAAUUUGCAGCAGGCGUACUGAGAAGCUAAGCUGGACAAGAGAAGCAGCAACAGCAGCAGAGAAUGUUGCCUCUGUUAGUUGCUCAGGCCAUGGAAGGGCUUAUUUGGAUGGCUUAGUCACUGAAAAUGGAAAGACUCCUUUGUGAGUGUAACGCAUGCUUUACAGGCCCAGAUUGCUUUGUCUUUACACCCAAUUGCUCCGUUAAUGCAGAGAGUGGAAAUCCAAUGUUUUUAGAGCCAUUUUGGAAUCAAAAUGCGGGGAGUAGUGGCAUUAAGGUGGCUGGGUGGCACAGAAUGGGAUAUGAAUUUGAGGAAGGCUCUCUCAUCUCCAAGCAAUCGGAGAAUGUAAUCCACAAGUUGUUGCAUGACACUGUUGAAAAUGCAAACACAUCCAACAAGUAUAUACUAUUUGGUGCUGGCUCGACUCAGCUUCUUAAUGCGGCGGUGUACGCUCUUUCCCACACCACCAAUUCAUAUUUAUCUUCAUCACUUGCCAAAGUUGUUGCUUCCGCUCCUUACUACCCAAUUUACAAAUCGCAAACAGAGCUUUUGGAAUCGAAGAAAUACAAGUUUAGUGGCGAUACAUCCUCGUGGAAAAACAAAACAAGGAGUACCAACUUCAUUGAGUUUUGUGACUUGCCCAAACAAUCCGGAUGGGCAACUGACUUGCCCAAACAAUCCGUCAAGGAAAACUUGCAAAGCAUGUUUAUGAUUUAGCUUACUAUUGGCCACAUUACAUUCCAAUUCCAACUCGUAUGGAUAAAAACCUCAUGUUAUUUACACUUUCUAAGCUCACUGGUCAUGCCGGUAGCUGAUUUGGGUAACAACUUCAAAUUUAUCACGCAUGUUUGUGUUUUAAUAAUUACUAUAGUAAGUACGUAACCAAUGGCUUUAAUUAAUUUUCUCUUAUAUAUAGAUGGGCCAUGGUCAAAGACAAAGCUGUCUAUGAAAGGAUGGUGGAAUACAUAAAUUUAAACAGGUAGGGUGUUUCACGUGAGACACAGUUGGGAGCUUUGAAUAUAUGUUGUGCUACAAGGAGAUGGAAGAAAAAUGUUUUGAUUUGCACAUACAACGAUGAUGUCUCGAUGAGAAAAUCUCACUGAAAUCUUGUCCAACAUCAAAACGCUUCUGGAUUGAAAAACUCCCCUCGCAAUAUUGUGCAUUUCCCAAAAAAGUUAGAGCACCUUCUCCGGGUAAUUUAUCUCUACCAUAGUUAUUUGCAUUAUUUAAGAAUCAACCACGACAAGUGCAAAUUCAGUUUUUCAUAUAGUUUUUUUUUUUUUUUUUUUUUUUUGCUUGGAUAAAAUGUGAGGAACAAGAAGAUAGGGACUGCUACAAUGUGCUGAGGGAAGCAAAUAUUAUUGGCCGAAAAGGUGCUGCAUUCGGAGUUGAAAAUCGUUAUAUUCGGCUUAGGGUUGUGAAUAGCAAAGAUGAUUUCGAUUUAUUGCAGCAACGAUUGCAAGAUCUAGUGUCUAAAGAACUAUCUGUCGUACAUCGAGAUUGUCACGUCAAAACUAUUCUUAUUUCUUAGGAGAGAAACACUUGGACACAAUUCAACUCUUCAAGGAUAGUCUAGGUUUCCGUUUUCAUCUUUUCUAUUGGGAUUGAAUAAAUACUUUAGACACUUCUUUCGCGUCCUUCUGUGUCUUUAACGUUUGUUUAAUCGAUGUUUUUAUUAAAGUCAAUACAAGCCAAUAAAGUGACCGUGUUAAAAUCAAGAGACUGGAGGGGACAAC